AGUUUCAUCUUCUACACGGGCAGCCAAAUAUUCAUGGAGUUGCGCGUGAAAUAGUUUUUGAUUAAUUUCUGUAAAAUGUACCAUGGAAUCGAUUAUUCGUUUCUGUAAAGAGUUGAGUCAUUCAGAUCCGUUUUGAUUUCUUUGCCGCCUGCUCUGCGUCAUCCCAAUUCGCGAUGUCGGUUUAUUUCAGGUGGGAAAUUUUGUUGAUGGUAGGGUAGGGUUUACAGUCAACCCCCAAUUUUCGAUAAUCCCUCUUCUGUCCCGCAACUCCAUAUCAGGUCAGGUCAUAUCAACGUUAUCUUCCGAAAUCAGGCCCCGACAUCCCUAUUGUCGAAGAUCCUUUUCGCAUCCCCUGAUUCGGGAGAGAGAAAGGGGGCAAAAAGUGAAAAACCGUGCCCCACCAGCGGUGACUGCGUCCGAUGAUGAUGUGCAGAGCUUGGGGAGAUAAAGGAAGAAGCUCCGGUUCAUGGUGGUAGGGGUAGCACUGACGAUGGGCGCGGCGAGUUCCAAAUUGGAGAAGGCGCUGGGCGAUCAAUUUCCCGAAGGCGAACGGUAUUUCGGGCUGGAGAAUUUCGGCAACACUUGUUAUUGCAACAGCGUUCUUCAGGCUCUCUACUUCUGUGUGCCGUUUCGUGAAAAACUGCUGGAGUAUUAUUUGAACAGCAAAAACGAAGGAGAAGCUGAAGAAAAUCUUUUAACAUGUCUUGCAGAACUGUUCUCACAGAUUAGUUUGCAGAAGAAGAAAACCGGCGCAAUAGCGCCAAAACGCUUUAUACAAAGGCUUAGAAAGGAAAACGAUGUUUUUCGAGGAUUCAUGCAUCAGGACGCUCAUGAAUUCCUGAACUUCUUGCUCAACCAACUCGUCGACAUACUGGAGAAAGAGUCUCACAAAGCGACAAAUGAGGUUGCAGUGAACGGAUCGAUUAGUGGUCAGGUCAAUGGCGUUAAGCACGAUCAAACCGUGAAUUGGGUGCACGAGAAUUUCCAGGGCAUACUUACAAACGAGACAAGGUGUUUAUGGUGCGAGACAGUCACUGCCCGCGACGAGACAUUCUUAGACCUUAGCCUUGACAUCGAACAGAACACCUCCAUCACCAGCUGCCUCAAGAACUUCAGCUCCACCGAAACCUUGAACGCGGAAGACAAAUUCUUCUGCGACAAAUGCUGUAGUUUGCAAGAAGCCCAGAAGAGGAUGAAGAUCAAGAAACCCCCAAGAAUCCUCGUCAUCCAUCUCAAGCGAUUCAAGUUCAUGGAACAGCUAAAUCGACACAAAAAACUAUCCUACCGGGUCGUAUUCCCUCUCGAACUAAAGCUCAGCAACACCACAGAGGAUGCCGACCUGGAAUACUCGUUGAACGGCGUGGUGGUGCACGUCGGGGUAGGGCCAAACCACGGGCAUUACAUAAGUAUCGUCAAGAGCCACAACCACUGGCUCUGCUUCGACGAUGAGAGCGUGGAGAUGAUCGACGAAUCUGCCAUCCAGUCGUACUUUGGAUCCGCCCAGGAGUACUCCAACAACUCGGAUCACGGAUACAUACUACUUUACGAAAGCCUUGUCGCCGGCUAACUCCAAGUAACUCUCGAGACUUUGUCUAACCUCGUAACUGUUUUCUUACAGUAUACAGUUUUUGCUCGAGUUUUUUCUUCGCCGUCGUAGCCGAAUUUCUUACCAUAACUUCAGUUCUGUGUGAAUGACUUGUGUCUGGAGGAAUAGUGAUGAGAUUUAGACUCAAUAAAGGAUAGGAUCUUGGCUUGUUAGAGAUAUUUGUAACUGAUUGAACUGUUCUUGGGAAAUCCAGAUGCAUAUAUGCCUUUUGAUUCAAUAUAAUGACGUUACAUUUUGAUUAUGGUA